GGCCUCAACUAUAUAUUAUGGCGACUCUUCUCUUGGUGAAUCAAAGACCCAUUAUCCUAACACUCGUUCUCAGGUCCUAAAGAGCCUAUGGCGUCUUACGAUGGCCUUGUGUCUUCCUUCUUUUUGGCAAUCGUUGUCAUUCAAGUCAUCGAAUUCGGUCAUUCCAAUGCUUCGACCAAUGUAAGCUGUAUUGGUGCGGAGAGAGAAGCUCUUCUGAAGUUCAAGCAUGGUCUCACCGAUCCUUCGAGACGCCUAUCAUCGUGGACCGGAGAGGAAUGUUGCAAUUGGGAAGGAAUCGAAUGUGAUAAGAAGACUGGCCAUAUCCUGAAGCUCGAUCUUCACAAUCCAUGUAUUGAAGAGAUCUACAUUGACAUCUUCGCACGUUCAGAUAAGUGCAGUUUGGGAGUCAACAUGCUUAGAGGCCAAAUUCCCCAAGAUAUCGGAGACAAGAUGCCGCGGUUGUCAACAUUGAGACUUUGGGGUAAUAAUCUCACCGGUGGCAUUCCAAGUUCUCUGUGCAAGUUGAAGCAGUUGUAUGAAAUUAAUCUCUCAAAGAAUCAACUAUCUGGGAGACUUCCUCGAUGUUGGAAAGCAUUGCAAAAUUUGGCAGGGAUUUUUCUGGAGAAUAACAAGUUAAAUGGUCAGAUUCCGAAAUCUUUGUGCCAUCUUCAGCAAUUAGAUGUUCUUAGCCUCCAUAGGAAUGGCUUUAGUGGAGUAAUCCCGAACUGUUUGUCAAGUCUACAGAGCAUGAGGAUCCUUGAUCUCAACGACAAUCAAUUCACUGGUAGGUUACCUCCAUUCGGGAAACAUUCUCAGUCAUUGGUAGUGCUCGAUUUAGAGAAAAAUCAAUUAGUUGGAGGCAUUCCUCCACAACUUUGCCAGCUUGCUCAUAUCCAUGUCUUGAGCCUAGCGCAGAAUAACAUUACUGGACCCAUUCCUAACUGUUUUGACGGCUUCUUUUCUAUGGCUGAUGAUGUGCGUUUUCGUGAGGAGGAUUGGCUGACUAUUACCGGUCUCGAUGUCAUGGUUACCACAAAGGGAACGAACCAAAUAUAUGGAGAUGGGCUUGAAUACUUCUUCUCAAUCGACCUUUCUGCAAACAUGUUGGAUGGGCAGAUCCCAGAAGAGUUCACUAGGCUUCUCCAACUUGAAAAUCUGAACCUCUCUCAGAAUAAUUUGAGUGGACACAUCCCGUCAAAUAUUGGUGACUUGAAAAAUUUGGAAUCUCUUGAUCUUUCCAGAAACGAACUGUCAGGUGCCAUCCCUUCGGGCAUAUCCAGCAUGGACUUCCUUAGUCAUCUGAAUCUGUCCUUCAAUAGACUCUCCGGCCGUAUACCGUCAGGCAACCAUCUGCGUACCGUGGAUGACGAAUCUGUUUAUCGUGGCAACGACGGACUCUGUGGAGCUCCUCUUUCGAAGAUUUGUCCCGGAGACCAACCAGCCGGUACUGGCGGCGAUGCUUCGAGUGGAGAUAAGCCUAGCGAAGGCGAUGUGAAUAUCCACAAUUGGUUCUAUGCAGGAUUGGGACCUGGUUUUACGGUGGGAUUUCUGGGGUUCUGCAGCAUCUUGCACUUCAAGCGAUCUUGGAGGGUCUCUUACUUUCGAGCGAUGGACGGGGCCAUCGAGAAAUUCUCAAUGACAACGACGAUUGCCAUGCUUUGGUUCAAGAGAACAUUUCGACAAAGCGAAUAGCAGCUUAUUCAGCAGAACAGUGGAGAGCUGGAGAAACUUGCCCGACUUUGAAGAAGUGCUUUGUGUUAUCGGAUGGAUAAAGAGAAUGCGUAUUUAGUAUUCAACUUAUCUUUUUUCCUCUAGUCUUUGUUUAGUGUGUGGAAGGAUGAUUAUGUUGAAAACUUCUAUUUAAGAUACGUUCUCCUUUUGUUUGAUGAACUCCAUUUGAAAUACACAUGGUGUGAGGUUUGGGAGUCACAUAUAAUAACAC